AUGGCCCACCAGGCAACCCCUAGUUCCCAGAAGGCCCUGAUGAUGGAGCUGAAGUCUCUGCAGGAGCAGCCGGUGGAGGGCUUCCGCAUCACUCUGGUGGAGGAGUCUGACCUCUACAACUGGGAAGUGGCCAUCUUUGGGCCCCCAAACACUCUGUAUGAGGGAGGCUACUUUAAGGCUCACAUCAAGUUUCCAGUUGACUACCCAUACUCCCCGCCAACCUUCCGCUUCCUCACCAAGAUGUGGCACCCCAACAUUUACGAGAACGGAGAUGUUUGUAUCUCCAUCCUGCAUCCUCCUGUUGAUGACCCUCAGAGUGGGGAGUUGCCCUCUGAAAGGUGGAACCCCACCCAGAAUGUUAGGACUAUCCUGCUUAGUGUGAUCUCGCUGCUCAAUGAGCCCAACACGUUCUCGCCAGCCAAUGUGGACGCCUCCGUCAUGUUUCGUAAAUGGAGGGACAGCAAAGGCAAGGACAAGGAGUAUGCAGAGAUCAUCAGGAAGCAGGUGAUGUCAACAGCAGCAGAGGCCGAGCGCGAUGGCGUCAAAGUGCCGACCACACUGGCGGAGUACUGCGUCCAGACCAGGGUUCCCUCCCAGGACAGCAGUUCGGACCUCCUCUACGACGACCUCUACGACGACGACAUGGAGGAGGAGGAUGAGGAGGAGGACGAGAGCGAGAUGGAGUCCGUAGGUGAAGCCGGGGGGAUCAGCGCCGUGGAGGAUGGCGGGACGUCCACCAGACGUUACGACAACCAGGACGACUCUGGCAACGAAGACUCGUGAUGAUCUGGAUGAUAACUCCUUCCUGCCAACCCCCCUCCCCAACCACCCAACACCCACACCCUCCUUGUUUGUAUGUGUUACGUUACAGUUUUGUGUGUGUGCGAGUGUGCGUGCGUGCGUGUGUUUGCACAGACAGUGGGGUCAAGGGUCUACUGCCAAAAAACUUUUCAUCAUUUAUUAAACUAACACCAAUGAUCGAUCAAAUAAUAGUUCUCAAAUGCUCUUACGUACAUAUUCAGCAAAAGUUUGUUGGUAUUGUUUUCACUGAAGGUCAGAUUUGGUGUUUCUACCGUUUGCCUUAAUUAUAGCUUGCACUCUGUCCAGCAUGAAAUGUUUUGCAGAGUUUGAGAACUGAAAUUAUUCCAGCUCCAUUUGAGAGAAUGCUGAGAGUGUUUUUGACGUUAACGUUUCAAGUUUUCUAAAUGUAUCCAUUGAGGAUCCAUCUUCUCCCAUGCUGCUUUAAACUUGAAAAGAUGAUAUGCCUCUGCAGAGUACAAUAGUAUUAGUCCAUGGUCAGUGAGUGAUUAAUCAUGUGCAAGACUCCAGACACAGCAAAACAUCCUCACACCUGAAUAUUAUUACUCUAUCGUGCAACCAAGUCCUCACAUACUGUACUGUAAGUUGUUUGGCUGCAAUCAUGAAGUGGAUUUUUUUUUUCAUGUGUAAACAAUAGUUUCAGCAGUGACAUUUAAGUACUUUUAGCCCAUACUAAAACAUUAGACUCGUUUUCCCAUUUUAAAAAAAUUGUUUCGGAACUGCUGCAGUUUCUUAUUUGCCUUGCAGGCUUUAUAACCAUGGUGCCAUCUUGAGGUCUGUCUGGUCCCUGUCUGGAUGAAAACAACUUCAAAUUUGUAAAAAAGAAAUUUUUGCAGCCUUUCAAUCAGAGUCCUCUUUUUCAAGUUCACGCAUUAGUAGUAGUCACAGUUAAUUAGUUAUUAAAAGACCACAAUAAUUGACGUUGUGUAGGAGCAUACAUGCAUUAAUAUUUGAAUUACACUGCAUGCAUGGUGAGGCAAUAAUUUCUGAAAACCUUUCAAUCACAUAUACCAGUAAUUAUUUCCGAUCAUUUCCCAAAGAUAGAAAUGACGUGUUGGUUUUUAAUGUAGUUGUUAUUUGAAAACCAUCCACAAAGUAGACAACUUGUCUUAGUUUUUGAUAAAUGAUGAAAACAAACUGUCCUCGUGGUGGUCUCUUGAACCCCCACUGUGGCUGGCCGGUUCUUCGUCUGCCAGCCCAUGUCAGAUUGUAUGGUUUUGUGUUCAAAGGCUGGCUCUAUCCAUCAUGUCUUUACUUGUUGCUGUUUUUUUUUUUAAUGUACUUCUCUUGUUUUGUCCGAUGACAUUCUGUCCUCCCUGACUUGUCCUUUGUAUUCUGUGGAAUGGCUCAGACAGUCUGGCUAAUGGCCACGUUGCUGUUUGGCUCAUUAAGCAGACGAUGAGCCGGCCAGCUUGUCUUGUCACUGUCCAUCAGUGUGUCCCGUGGCAGAAUAUCUCUGUCCCUCUCACGCCCGUCUGUUCCACUUUGAUGCAAUCGACUUAAACUUGCAAACGCAGGCUCUGCCGUGACUCCACCCUCUUGGACCCACCUUCAGUAGUGUCCAUCGCAACUGCUCCUUCAUGAUUGCUCAAAGCAACGUCAUUUGUUCGGGGGUGAACAAGGUGAAAACCUUCUCUCGCAUCGCCUCCUACACCUCUCUCUGCCUCUUAAACCUCAGGGCCUCAAUAGACUUUCACUGAGAGAAAAAAAUCAGUUAAAGAGAAACUUAAUACACAAACUGCUCCUCACUUCCACCUCUUUUUUCUUAUUUUCUGCAUCUCUGAGUGUUAUUAGAGGGCAGAGAGUGAACUGAAAGUCUCCAAUCCCACCGCCAGCGUGUUUACACGUGACUUGAGUGUUGCUGUUGGUCCUGAUUAGGGUCCUUUAAGUUGUUUUCUUCUUGGUAGGCUAGAGUCAAAUUCUAAAAAAAAAAUCAAAAUACACAUGUAGGGACUUUGUCCUCAAGGCAGUGCUCACAUUAUGUUGCAAUAGAUGUGAAAAUGUUACGUUUUGCUCUGUGACUCCAACCUAUGCUUCAAUGCAACUUAGUGAAAAUUGGACGUUGUUACUGUGCUUACACCACAUCCACAGUAUGUUGAUCGACAGGGACAAAAUCAACAUGCAGCUUAGCCACACAUUUGCAUUUGAAUGAAUAUGACACUGAUUGCCUGUUAUCUGUGUGUGUGUGUGUGUGUGUGUGUGUGUGUGAGUAUAUCUACAUUUACUAUUCACCUAUUGCACCUAUUGAUUGCGAUGUCAGGGUUUUCUUGUUGCUGUCUCUGUGGAACCGGUGCAGAGGUUUGUCACACAAGUGAGUUUGCCCAAAUGACCUUUUGGACUUUGUCCAGUUGAGAAAACAUUCAGUGUGUUUGCACUGUGUCCUAGUGCUGUUUUAAGAUGCCUGAAUUGGCUGAGGAUUUGACUGAAAAAAAAACACACACACACACCCUCUGAGUAUUAAACUUCUGAACACGCUGAACAGAAUAAUGUGACUAACAUUACUUGUAUGGCAUCAAGUAAACCCCAUGUUUGAGCUGUGUGUUCCGGUUGUGGGUAUGAGUCUGUUGCCCUGUUCAACGCAACAGAGCACUGGGGCAAACCUUUGAUUCACAUGGCUGGAUUUUAUGCCAAGGAAACCAAGUACAGCCCCACAGCCGCUCAUUUUAAAGACUACGGAGUAACGGAUGCAUGUAGUGGAUUUAACGCUGUUUGAAUAAACUCUUGAAGAGAUUCCUUUUGGAUUUUAAUGUGAAGCCAAAGGAGUGAAACAUUUUCUCCCGGUCUUGUGCUCUGGCGUCUCUCAGAGACUGGAUUCUGUUGAGGACGGGGGGAGAGGAAACACACUCCUGAGCCAGAUCUUAAAUGGAUUUGAUAUCAAGGCACAACAGGAAGUGGAUUGAUGCCAGAAAUUCUGAACUUUUAUUGAUGUGGUCCCCAUUUUUUGCCCAUUCUUCACCAUAUAGAGAAGUAAAAUGAUAGUCUGUAAGAGGAAGUACCAAUCUCACGUGUACCUGCUAAGGGAAUAAUUCGGCAUUUGGUGAAAUGCAUUUAUUUGCUUUCUGGUGGAGAGUUAGAUGAGAAGAUCAAUACCACUCCUCAUGUCUGUCUGUUAAAUAGGACACUUAAGACCUGCAGCUGGUUAGCUUAGCUUAGCACAAAGACCAGAAACAACUAGCCUGGCUGUGUCCCAGCAGUAACAAAAUCCACCUGCCAGAACCCUAUUAUCUCACUGAUUAACACUUUCUAUCUCAUUUGUUUAAUCCAUACAAAAAACAAUUAGUAAUUUUGUAAGGGUCAUGUGCUGAACUUUUUCUUGGCUGGGAGUAGUAAGUUUCCGCUGGUUGCUUGGCAACUUCUGAGUGUCCACUGCAUAACCCCCUGUAAGGCUGAUAUUUGUACCAUAAGACAAACCCAAGCUAGCCGUUGCCCCCUUUUUCCAGUCUUUAUGCUAAGUUAAGCUAACUGGCUGCUGGCUGUAGAUGUAUAUUUAACAGACAAACAUCAGGUAUCAAUCUUCUCAUCUAACUCUCUGCCAGAGAAUGAAUGAGCUUUGCAGUGAGUUACCUUAGUUUAUCACAAAGACUGGAGCAAGGGAAACGGCUCUGUCUUAUGUUUCCAUAAACAGCCUACCACGUAAGAGUGGUAUCGAUCUAUCUAACUCUCAGCAAGCAAUUAAGCGUACCUCCCAAAAUGUCGACUUAUUGCUUUAAAGCCAAGUUUUUGCCUCCUAUCGUAAAUAAAAAAUCGGAAACUGCAUUAUUGUUUUUGUUAGUGUAAAGUCUAGGCAUAGUGUAGCCCUUACAAUAGCAAUUCGAUGAUCAAUAGAGCUCUUCGAUAUUAGAAUCCUCCACUUUUUAUACAUAAUGUAUGCCUUGUUUUUAUAAUGAGCGCAGGUGGAAAAAAGCUAAGGGGGCCUUUAGAGGGAAGAGAGCCACCAAUGUAUUAUUAUCUCUGAGGGACAAGGAAAAUUUUCCAAACUCAACCUAAGACAUGACUUGCUUGAAAGGACCGUAGUAUAAGAUGUUGAGAUGUUAUUCCAUACACACUGUUACAUACAAAAGACUGAAUGACAUCAUUUAGUUCAUUUAAUCUGUGUGCGUGAGCAUGUGAGUGCACAAGUGUGUAUUUUUUGAAGUGUGGGUCAACACUGUGAGGUCCUCCUGAGGCCUUCACAUAGUCACACAGUUAAUGGACUGAACUGACCACAAUGCUACCACAACAUGUCUACACCUAUUGAUGUUAAUGCUGUCCUUGUUGGUUUCUUUGAUUUUAUUUCAUUUUUUUUCCCUCAACAUUUUGUGUUUGUGAGGAUGCAAAUGUCACUCAUAAAGUUUCUAUUGUAAAAAAAAAAAUACAUUGUUGGGUUUGUUUGCAAUAUAGCUUUGAUAUCUGUUGCUAAGCCCACAUGUCAUGGUAAACAGACAACACAGCAAGCUGGUAUUUGGAGUAAAAAUUAGGAGUGAUAUGCAAAUGGAGGCAUAAAGUUAUUGUGGUUAAGUUGGAAAAUCAUUAAAAAUAAACCAGUAUGUCAUUGAAA